GAUAAGGAGCCGUUGUAUGAACUUCUAAAGGUAUGUAAGAUUAUCAAACUUUCGAACUUAGAAUAUGUGUAGUUUUAACUUUGAGUUCUUUCUUCGUAGCUUAAGUUUGAUCUUGAUUUCACCCAAGAUCAUAUCAAAGGCUGUGUGGAUCUGCUAUUCUCUUCAAGCUACAAAAGUUUCCGUCACAAGUGUUAUGAACAUUAUGUAAAAUCUGGUGAUGAUGCUAGAAGCAAUCCAUAUCCUCCCCUUAUUGAUAAUAGAGUUGGAGACUGGAUUUGGCUCUGUGAUCAUUUUGAAACAGAAGAAUUUAAGGUAUGGUAGUCUUUGAAUGGAUGUCAACAGUUUUGCAUCUAUCUUUAUCACUCAACCAUGCCUUAUUUGUUUACAAAAUACUACCAUAUGCAGAAACGGUCCACAAUUGGGAAGGCUAACCGCUCAAACCUACCUUAUGUUCACAAGAAGGGAACAAAGUCAUUUGUAGCGGUUCAACAUGAAUUAAAUUGUGGCGAUAUCAGACUAUACAAGGAGUGUUACUCUAGUGAUAAGAAGGGAUGGGCAUCAGAAGAUGCCAGGAAUAAACAUGAAGAAAUGUUGCAGAAGCAAAAGGAACCCAUAGAGGAGGGUGAAGUACCUUUAACAGAGCAACAGAUUUGCGAGCAUGUGCUUGGUAAGGCAUAUGGUUACAUCAGAGGUCGGGGUCAUGGACCAAAACCAAAUAGAAGGGCUUACUCAAGCGCAUCAAGCUCAACUCAGCAUGUAGUGGAAGAAUUGGCCUCUACAAAGGAGAUUGUUGCUACACAACAAACUCAAAUUGAGGCUCAACAAUCUCAACUUGAAGCUCAACAGAAGAAGACUGAUUGGCUACAAAGUGUCGUGUCUAACUUGGUUGGCAUUUCACCUCCUAUGGACGGCACUACUGCAACAGGGCUAGGUUUCACAACUGAGCGGCCAAUGCCAUCUGACGGAAUAGCAUAUUGCUUUUGUUAA